AUGUUGAGUUAUCCAUACCCGGAGGGGUACACGGUGCCAAAAUUCAUCAAAUUCAAUGGCAAGCAGGGAAAUGCUCGAGAACAUGUUGUUCGGUUCGUUGAGACUUUGGGGAUUCAUGGUACAAAUCUUAUCCUCCGACUAAGAGAAUUCUCCAUGUCCCUCACCGACCGAGCAUAUAGUUGGUACGUUAACUUGACCCCAAACUCUAUUCGAAGUUGGGAAGAGAUGGUCAACAAAUUCCAUGCCAAAUUCUUUCCAGCGGCUGAGAAGAGGUUCCAAGACAAAGCUGUGGAUUGUCAUGAGGCUGUAGAGGAAAGCUACUUGGACCAAAUCUGUGUUGAAGGGGCAUUGAACAUGUAUAAGAUGCUUCUUGUUAAUCACAAGAUGCCUACCUUCUCGACACUAAUUGAAGCAUCUCGGAACAUCAACGUACCUCAAUCUCAGGAGAUCGGGUUCAAGACUAGUUAUAAAAGCAGCUUCAAGUCAUCUCGAGGACCUUCUGUCACUGCAGCUUCCGCGUCUUCUACACGAAAGUCGCAGGCGGAGGAAUUCAGAGGUCAGAAGAGGAAAAACUGUGAAGAUGACACUCCUUUUCCGUGUAGCGUUAAGGAGGUGAAGGCCUUAGUUAAAGAAUGGGUGGCAGGCGGGGAACUGAAGUUGCCUCGUAUCGAAGAGCUUUUGCCGAAGAAGGACCGCGAGGGUCCUAAUUAUUGUGUUUUCCACCGAUCACUAGGACAUCCUAUAGAAAAGUGUCGGACACUUAAGAAGAUCUUUAGAAAGAAAGUCGAAGCAGAUGAGCUAGAGUUUAAAGAACAAGGGCCCCAGAAUAUCUUAGAAGACGUGGCUAUGAUGGUGUAUGACGGCCACAGCCUGAGCAGCUGGUGA